GGGGGGGGUGGGGGGGCGUCUCCGACCUUCUAGCGGGGGCGAGCAGACGGGCUGGUUCCGGGAGGCGCCGGGAGCGAGGACCCCGAUGCCGGCCAGCGGAGCCCGCGAUGGCUUCCGCUGGAGGCGGCGACUGCGAGGGCGCCGCGCCGGAGGCGGACCGCCCUCACCAGCGGCCCUUCCUGAUCGGGGUGAGCGGCGGCACCGCGAGCGGGAAGUCCACUGUGUGUGAGAAGAUCAUGGAGCUGCUGGGCCAGAACGAAGUGGACCACCGGCAGCGGAAGCUGGUCAUCCUGAGCCAAGAUAGGUUCUACAAGGUCCUGACUGCAGAGCAGAAAGCCAAGGCAUUGAAGGGCCAGUACAAUUUCGACCACCCAGAUGCUUUUGAUAACGAUCUGAUGCACAGGACUCUGAAAAACAUCGUGGAGGGCAAAACCGUCGAGGUCCCAACCUAUGAUUUUGUGACCCACUCCAGGUUACCGGAGACCACGGUGGUCUACCCUGCAGAUGUGGUCCUGUUUGAGGGCAUCUUGGUGUUCUACAGCCAGGAGGUCCGCGACAUGUUUCACCUGCGCCUCUUCGUGGACACGGACUCCGACGUCAGGCUGUCGCGAAGAGUUCUCCGGGACGUGCACCGCGGGAGGGAUCUGGAGCAGAUUCUGACCCAGUACACCACCUUCGUGAAGCCGGCCUUCGAGGAGUUCUGCCUGCCGACGAAGAAGUAUGCCGACGUGAUCAUCCCCCGAGGGGUGGACAACAUGGUGGCCAUCAACCUGAUUGUGCAGCACAUCCAGGACAUCCUGAGCGGCGACAUCUGCAAGUGGCACCGAGGGUCCAAUGGGCGGAGCUACAAGAGGACGUUUCCCGAGCCGGGAGACCAUCCCACGGUGCUGACCUCCGGCAAGCGAUCGCACUUGGAGUCCAGCAGCAGACCCCACUGAGCGGCGGGGUGCCCGGCCGCCCGGGCAGGCCCCCUGCUCCCACCCCGACAGACCGUUCCGGUUGUUCGCUAUUUCCCCCCCCCCCCCCCCCCCCCCGUGGACGCAGCUGCUGCUUCCUCUCUGCAUCUCACGGUACAGACGGGGGGUGGGGGUGGAGCGCGAGGAUCACGGGGUUCCUCCCUGUUGUGGGCAGACCUGCACCUGUGACACGCAGCCCCCCGGGAUGGCGGCAGGCCCUCCUGCCGCCUUCACCUGCUUCCUCACGUUCAGGAAGCUUCGAGUCCAUCUUUAAGUUACUGAGAAGCGUGCCACAGAACGUGUGGCGAGCAAGUCACGUAUUUCGGGAGCAUUGAGCAGCCCGCCUGGACGCCGUGGCUGUCCCGGUGUGUUCGACGGGAACCCACAGCGUGAGGGACUUUGUCCCGGACGGUCUGGUUCCCACACAACGUGUGACCGAAACAUAGGUUUGGAGAGGGAGCGUUUCCCCUUUUUACGUGUUACACGUGCGAGUGUUUUGUUUCGUUAUUUAUUCUACCGUUAGUUGUGACUUGGUGACUGUGCCCCGCAGUGGGGUGCGACCCGGUCUGGCACGCACGGAUGUAGGAGCCACGGAGGGCUCUCCUUCCUCCUGGCCUGUGCGCCAAGGGCAGAGUCGAGGAACGAGCCCUGGGAACAAGCUUUCGUUAGCCAGCCUCGGCCGCAGGGGACGGGCCCCGCUCCCCCGGCCCGAGCCCCGUCCCCGGCCCUGCGGGUUGGGACAGGAGGCAGGCUGGCGCCCGCCGUGUCCACACACGGUCCUACUCGGGGUCAGGCCUCCCCGCUUGCAGGAGCCACCUGGGCCCCGCGUGCUCUGCGGACAGGCCUUCCCGAGUCGGGCGCACCGUCCAAAGGCAGCCCGUCUCCUUGCACACACCUAGAGUCCGCGGCCGCACAGACGAUGCCCGGGCUCCAUGUUGUCCUGCUUUGUCUUCCCCUCCCCAGUGGCCCCGUUCCUGUAAAAGCGACGCUUUGCCGUUGCCACCGGCUAAACCGCACGGGCACUUCUGGUUUCCUCCUAGCGAGUACUGUGUGUAGUGACACGGAUGGGACCUCAGUUGGGCUUGGCCGAGCUCCGUGGCUGCUCUCUGAGGUGUGUGUGACAGUCUUGUCCAGGUUAUUUUCUCCCCUUCUGGAGAGAGAAUCAAUAAAUAACACCAGUUACCAAUA